AUGGUACGUUCAUUCCCCGCUCCCCCGAAAACAUAGACUCUACAUUUGAACAGCUCAUGUACUAACCCGUCACUCGUUUAGCUCCCACUAUACCUCUUAACAGCAGCCAAGAACAAACCAGUGCUAAUAGAAUUGAAAACGGGCGAAUCCUACAACGGCAACUUGACAAACUGCGACAACUGGAUGAACCUCACCUUGCACGACGUGAUACAAACUAGUGCCCAAGGAGACCGGUUCACCAAGAUCCCCGAGAUCUACAUCCGCGGCAUGCAUAUUAAGUACUUGAGAAUACCGGAUCUGAUCAUGGACCAUAUCAAGGAGCAGCAGCAGCAGCAGCAGCAGCAGGCGCAGCAGCAAGCGGGCUACGACGGGCGAAACCGCGGGUUCAACUAUAGGAGAAUGGGCCAGGGCCAAGGUGGACUGGGCAGGGGUGGUAUGGGUGGUGGCAGAGAUAGAGACUCCGGGUCGAGGAACGAGAGGAAUGAGAGGAGAGGCGGUGGUGGUGGCUUUGGUGGUAGAAGCCGCAGAGGUAAUCAAUCCAAUAGAGAUAAUUGA